UAUAAUUCCAUUAUUUCUCUGUCUUUCUUUUUGUUUGUUUGUUUGUUUACUUUUAUUAUCUCAUGGUAUAUAUACAUCAUAUGUUGUUGGAGUAGGAAGCAACAACAAACAACUUUUAUAACUCGGCAUUAGCUUUUAGUUCACAGAAGAAGUGACUUCUGGGAAGGUGUUUUUAGGGUAUGGAAGAUUAUUUGAAUAUUGAGAAGUCGGGUGAAAUGAACCCGAAGCAUUCUUCCAAGGUGUUGCAGAAAUGGAGGGACAUGUGUGAACGUGUUAAGAACCCGAAGCGACGGUUUCGUUUAACCGCAAACGACCAGAAGCACCACGAGGCUGCUGCUAUGCCCUCAACAAAUCAGAAGUUGAGGGUUGCGGUCCUGGUGUCAAAGGUGGCAUUUCAUCUUCUCAAUGGUGUAGAAGCCAGCAGCCACAUGAUGGUACCAGAGGAAUUCAAAGCAAGUGGUUUUGGUAUCAGUGCUGAUGAUGCAGGCUCCAUUGUUGAGGGCCGUAACCCCGAAAAGCUAACACUUCACGGUGGGAUUGAAGGUCUUGCAGCCAAGCUCAAGACGUGCACCACUAAUGGGAUUGCAAUGGAUGAUGAUAAAGACUUGACUUGCAGACAGAAGCUGUUUGGAACCAAUGAGUUGUUCACUGAACGUGAACAACGAAGCUUUUGGGUGUUUGUAUUUGAAGCCCUUCAAGAUAUGACCAUUAUGGUCCUUACUGUAUGUGCCCUUGUUGGCAUAGCAACCGAAGGAUGGCCAACGGGUGCCCAUGAUGGCCUUGGACUUGUGGCUAGUAUCCUGUUGGUGGUGUUUGUAACCGCGACAAGCGAUUAUCGUCGUCAAUCUCUACAGUUUAGGAAUUUAGACAAAGAGAAGAAGUCCAUUCAAGUUACUAGAAAUGGGUAUAGACAAAAGUUAUCAAUAUAUGAACUGCUUCCUGGUGAUAUAGUUCAUCUGGCUAUUGGAGAUCAAGUCCCUGCAGAUGGACUUUUCCUCUCCGGGUUUGGAGUUUUGGUUGAUGAUUCUAGUUCGACCAGAGAAAGCGAGCUGGUAGAAGUUAACACCAAAAAUCGUUACUUGUUGUCUGGAAGUAAGGUUAAAGAUGGUUCAUGUAAGAUGUUAGUUGUAGCAGUUGGCAUGAGAACGCAACGGGGAAAACUAAUGGCGGCUCUCACUGAAGGUGGAAUUGAUGAAACUUCGUUACAAGUUAAAUUAAAGAGAGUUGCAACCAUCAUUGGAAAAAUUGGCAUUGUAUUUGCUUUAGUGAAGUUUGCGGUAAGAUCGUAGUAGGAAUGUGUGUUUAGGGGAUGGUUCAAGAAAACCACUUUUAUUUUUUUA